AUGUCAUCAUCAAUUCAUCCAGGUGAUAAACCCUCAACAUCAAAUACUGCAAAUAUGAAUGAACAAGGUAAAAGAUUAAAUGAAACAGAGAUUUCAAAUGAUGCAAAGAAAUUAAAGACAGAUAUAGCAGAUACAUCAUCACAUCUUGCACAAAAUACUAAAGAAGCAACUGUCCAUGCAUUGAAUGCAACAGCAGCAGCCAUAACUGGUGGAAUGAACAUGGUUAGUGAAACAUUACAACCUGUAAUUGAAAAGACUAAAGAGAUGGGUACAAAUGCAGCUCAUGCAGUUGGUGAAGGUAUUGAAACACUUAAAGCUAAAACCGGUGAAAUGAUGGGUACAGCCAAAGAGGUUGGUGACAAAUGUGCUCAUUGGACAACUGAACAAACUCAAGCAUUUUGUGAUAAAUGUACCGAAUUAGCCAAGAAUGCUAAACUCAUGGCCAACGAUGCAAAGGAAACUACUGAAAAGAAAGUUGAAGAAGGAAAAGAGAAAGCUGGUGAACUAACUGAAGAUGCCAAAAAGAAAGCAGCCGAACUCAACGAUGAAGCUAAAAAGAAAGCUGAACACUUGGCCGAGGACACAAAGAAAGCCACUGCUGAAACCAAAGAAAAGUUGGAUGAAACUGCCAAGAAAUGUGAACAUUGGACAGCUGAACAAAAAGAAAACAUAUGUAACAAAUGUUCUGAAUUAGCUAAAGAUGCAAAUAAAACCAAAGAUCAAUUAGCAGCAAAUGCAGAGAAAACAGCUGAAAAUACCAAAGAAAAGUUGGACGAAACCGCAAAGAAAUGUGAACAUUGGACCGCUGAACAAAAAGAAAACAUAUGUAGCAAAUGUUCUGAAUUAACCAAAGAUACCAAAGAAGCCGCUGACCAUGCCUCUGAAGCCGUUAAAGAUGCUGCUGACAAUCUAAAUGAUAAAGUUCAAAAGAAAGGUAGAGGUAGACCAAAGAAACAUUAA